AUGUUGCAUUCGUUGAUGUUACGAGUAUGUUUGUUUUAUUGUUUGUUGCAUCACGUAUGCAGUGGGUUGUUAAACUCCAGUGUAGAAGGUCGAAUAGUCAAGGGAUAUGAAGUUGAUAUAGACCUAUAUCCUUAUUCUGUUUUUUUGCAUUUUCAAAAGGACGUUCCUACAGCUUGUGGCUCUUCUCUCGUCAUGGACCGGGCUGUGGUAACUGCAGCUCAUUGUUUGAACGAACUUAAACACCGCGACGGUCGUAUUACAGCCUUCUUGGGAGCGACUAUACCUAUACAUGCUAAAGUAAUCAGGCAUGUUGUCGAUUACCGUACCCAUCCUCACUAUCGCGCAGAAAAAGGAAGGUAUAAUUUAGGCAUUGCGUUCUUUAAUGCCCGAGUGCCACUAGGUCGUUUUGUAAAAAAAAUACCGAUUGCUUUUAAAUCUCCAAUGCCUGGUGACUUUCUGUUUACUAGCGGCUGGGGUAAGCAAGUACCUAACAAGGUUCCAGAUUACAGCGACUUACGACAUCUAAAGGUAUCAAAACAAAUACUGAUAACGGACCGAGAGUGUGAACAGUACACUAAUUUCAGACUGUCUUCAGCAUACUUAUGUACUGUUUCUGUUAAUGGAUAUCAUUAUCAUGGAGAUUCUGGAAAUGGCUUGGUAACAAAAGAUCGUUUCUUGAUCGGCGUCGUGUCUUACAUGAUCAAUGAAGUCACUAUCUAUACCGAUGUUAUUUUUGAACGCCGCUGGAUAAUCUUAAAAUUUUUUGAAAAUUGCUAA